UUAUACAUGUACCAAGGUCGUAAUUACUGUGGUAAAACUUUACUUUACUCAAUAAAAUGUAGGUCUAUAUUCUCUAAUUCCUUCCAAUGACAAGAACCAGAGGAAAAAUUAAAGUGGUACUGGCAAGAACGCAGACCAAGCUGCUCACUGCAUUUACCGCUUGUAUUACAGAGAAUUGGAGGGAAAAGGUAGCAUCCUUGUGUGGUGAUACAUCCUGUUAGUAUAUCUGCCUAAUGACCCCCUCUGACUAGGUGGACCCCAUCAUAAGGAUCUGUUUCAAGCAAGAACAAGGGAGAGUGUGUUUUAAAAAUGGAAUCGACAGCCCUUUUGUAGGAACUAAUAAAGUGGGGGCGCAUGUUUAUAAGCGACUGUCACCAAAAUAUCCAAACUCAUCGAAAACAGGUUCUGAAAUCCUGAAACUUCCACAAAUGGGAAGAUUUAAUUUUUUGAGGGGGGUUCAAUAACGUGACGGUGGUUGUCAAAAAUAAAAUCCCUUGAUCUCGAAAUUGCACAAGUGCUUAAAAAACUCUUUGUGGUCAGGAUUUCUGCUGUUCAAGUUCCAUAUAACGUCGUAUGACCUUCAGUUUUUGUUUCUUUCAUCAGAGUACAACCAUGAACAUGAAGUCUAUGCGUACAGGCAGUGAGCACGGCAAAUAUGCCUUUCAACCGGCGUCCCAAAUUCUGGAGAACGGUUAUAAGUCAUCAAAUAAAGAGAAACCUUUUACAUAAGUCACUACCUUGACUUCUGAAACAGUCAGGUCCUGCUUUUCCUGGGGCUGUCUUUCCACUUUUGCUGCUCGUGGUUAUUUCUAAAGGGUCUCUGUUGUAGAGGGCGUGCUGAUUCUUUCACUUCUGCUUCUGUGCUGCUAUGUCGCAGCUGUUGUUUUACAGGUGCUGCUGUGGGCUACUCCAACUAUUCUAACUGUUUUAUUUUCGACAGUCGAAUAUUUUUGUGACGUUUGGUCUCCCCUUAACAUUUGCAGGUGACAGCGCAAUUUGUCCUGAAUCAAAAACGAGAUGUUCAAAUGGCUGCCUGGAUAGGGAGGGCCCCGCACUUGACGAACCAAAAGAGCUAUGCCGAUGUGACCCACACUGCGUCAUCUACGACGACUGUUGUGAAGACUACUGGACAAAUUGCGCCAAUGACUUAUCAGAGCUUCGAUUUAAUUUGAUGCUUCACUCCAAGUAUUUUGCGUAUUUAGGCUGCAUUUCUCCCAUCUAUACUGACAUAUCUUACAACAGCUUCGUAGUAGUAGAUCGGUGCCCUCCUGGUUGGUUCAUAGGCACGACUAGAAAUCGAUGCGAGAACAUCACUCUUUCGCGGCAGGAGAAACAUCUAACUCUGUUUGUCAACGGUCCUGGGGACGUUGUCUUCAAGAACGUGUACUGCGCAAUCUGCCACGGCAUCGAGGAAGAACAACUCCAUUCUUGGGUGGCAGAGCUGUGGGAGUGCCAACCAGCUGCUGGAGAGACAGUGCCGGUCGAAGAUGGUGGCGAACCAGAUUAUAACACAUGCUCAGAGUUCCGCGUGCAUCCUCCAGCUUCCAUGCCGUACGACCCUCAUCGAUGCUACCCUGGUAUCAUUGAAAGCUGCCCGCCCAACACGACUGCCCCUGUCGAACAAAUCCAACUCUGUGAAACCCGCACCUCCCUACUGUUCGAGCGUCCAGGAGAUGCUGUCUACAAGAAUAUCCACUGCUUAAAUUGCAGUAAUGGGUCCACAGGAUCAGUCAAUGAAGAUAAUCUGGCCUGUCGGCCAUUAAGUCGACGGAUCCGAUUCGAUCCACGUCUUUCGUUCACGAUUCUCUUUGAUUUUCGACUUCGAGGGGUACACAUCGUGAAGAACACCUGGCAUGGCACCGAGAGAAUCUCCUCCUCUCCUCAGUUGUUGAGGAACUGCAGUCAAUGGCAGCUGUAUGACCCUUUCCGAGGCGUCUGCCGAGAUAUAAUGUGCACAGAUGGCCAGGCUCCUGACGAGGCAUCGGGCACCUGUUCCACAGAACAGGUGGAAGGUACAUCGAUAAGACUAGCAAAAUUUCUCAAUGACUGUCCGAAAGAUUUGAAAGCGAUAAACGGCGAGAUAUCCAAAAACAACUCAUCCCUGUGGACAGUCGAAGAUAUCAAACAGGCAGACACCAGCUCAGGCAAACGACGUCAUGUCUCUCUCAACAUCUAUACCAAUUUUGCUCGGGCUGGUCACAUUCAAAGUUCUCUCGACCUGAUUUUGUCCAACGUUACAGACCUUGUUGACCUCGCUUGUAAUGCUUCAUCACUGGUUCUUGUAGCGUCAAAUCAGCCCCCAAACCCACCAAAGGGAAUCUGUGAGGGUUAUCGACUGGGCAACAUCAGCUUCGCAGACAUAUUUUUCCUAGACGGUGCUUUCAACGUCAACAUCAGUGGAUUCGUUUACGAUCAACACGAGUUCAUGCAUGAAACAGAGUAUGUCUUUGAUGUCGGCGAGGCCAUUGUUACCAAGCGAGAGUCAGUUACUCUUUGCAAUCCCUUGGUGGGAGAUCGUGGCUGCUCUCCGAUCACGUUGUAUCCGGAAGAUUUCUAUCGAUCCAUCGAUGGAGGUGCACUCACUGAGAAAGAUGGGGGUCUUUUGUUUAUUGCAGGCAGUUACUGGCUUUUACCAGACGGCACAGCUCGAGUGUGUCGAGUAGAAUGGUUCCACGCUCUGGCCUACGUCAGUUACGUAGGCAGUUCGUGCUCUGUUACUGGUCUUGCCCUUGCCCUUUUGACGUAUAUUACGUUCCCAAGUCUGCGCAAUACACCCGGUAAAAUCGUUAUGAACCUCAUGGGAGCUCUGUUCGUCUCUCAGGUAUUUCUAAUGUUCGUUGCGGAUCCCCAAUCUUGGCUCUGCGAACUCCGAGGCGCAAUGCUGCAUUUCUCGUGGCUGGCUGUCUUCUCCUGGAUGAGCGUCUUGGCGUGUGACUUGGCUUACAACCUCAAUUUCAAUUUGAGGCCGGCUCAACAAGCUCGACAGGGUAGAUUGCAGGACUGGAAGGUACUCAAACUGUCGAUUUUUGCUUGGGGCUUACCGGCAGCCAUCGUAUUCUCGUGCCUUAUGGCGACAAGGUUCAAUAGAAGUUCGUCAAUCUGGUUCCAGUACGGGGGCAAGACAUGCUGGAUCGUGGGAACAUUUCAAUCUGUCCUGGCAUUUGGUUGUCCAGUCACUUUGGCAAUCACUCUAAAUUUUGCCAUGUUUGGUCACUUGAUGCACAGAAUGAUUGCGAAUAAUCGAAGACUUGCUGCAUUACGAGUGGGACAACAAACCAAGACAACCAUUCUGCUGUGCUUAAAGGUAAAAGUAUAAUAAAGUGUAAUAGUAUAAUCCAUUUCAAUUAAAUAUUACCCUUAAUAGUCGAACAAACAUGCUUUGAGGCCCCAAGUGGAAAAUGUUUCAAAGAGCUGAAUGUUACUUUCAUUAUUGUGUCCCACCCAAAUAUCAUGGGUCUCGCAAGCGUUUGUCUGAGCAUACAGCAACUGAUUCCCUAACCGGAAUUAGAAGCCAUUUCCUUGGUGGAACUCUGUUUCUGCGGCGGGUGGUACGCGCUCUGGUCUAUAUUCCUGUUCGACCACUAGGGGUGGGACACCUUCACUGUAAAAUAAUACUGUUAAAUUAGUAGUAUUAUACCGUGUUGUUUCUACAGUUAGUCAGGCUACUGUCCAAUAAAUAACAGCGAUUUACCGUAAGAUAAAUUUCUGUAAAUCAUUAACAGUAUUCUACUGGCGCCCGUGCUGCCAGUAAAGUACUGUGAAAAAUUACAGUUUUGCCAAACAUAUACAACACGUAUACCUUAUUCAACGGUAAGGCAACCCCCCCUUUUUUACAAGUAAUACUUCAUAGGUAAGUAAGAAACAAAGUAAACGGUAUACUUAUUUUAAGAUAUCAGGAUCAAAAUCCUCAGAAAACAACACCACGAAAUAAAAGCCAGAUCGUAGACCGGCUCGUGAUAUUUUUCUCCCCUACGCCAUGUAGAAGCCUGACGCCGCAUUUGCUUAUGAAUCCCCCGCGAUACCAAAAGCUGGACACGUCGCUGGUCAUAAAAAUAGAUAAAUGGACGGGUAUGUUUGCCGCACCAAGCAUCUUAGAGUCUCCCACUUUGUAAUGUUCUUUUUUUCCCCGACAGAUUGGCACAGUUACUGGAGUAUCGUGGAUAUUUUUCGUUCUGGCCAACGCUGUCCGAGAGCCAGCGCUGUGGUAUAUCUCGGUCGUCACUAACUCCUUGCAAGGCGCCCUCAUUGCUGCAAUCUUCCUUCUCAAGGCCAGCGUCAGGGCGCUCUGGAGGGUUAGGCUGGUGCACACCUGCGCACGCAUGCGUUACAGUUGCUGUUGCCUCUGUCGACGAGCGACCACUUCAAAGAAAGCCUCCAGCGACGUUCGUGAAGUUUGUCCAGCCCCAGUGAAUUUGGGCCAAAGGUGCACGUCUGCACAAGAGGAAGAACAACUGCCAAAACAACAACCAACCGCUUUGGCAACCAAUCAAAUUCAAGAACAGCAACCUAAAACACCACCACCGUAAAGAGAAAAAAACAGCAACAGCAGC